AGGGGGCACAGCACGACACGAGCACUCUGCACUCCACUACCGCGGUACCGCCUGCCUGCAGGCUGCAGCCCAGCCGUCCGCAGUCCGCAUCAGAUCCUGCGCUGCCCUGCCCUGCCCUGCCCCGACCAUGCCGCCGCCGCCACCGUCGGCCCCGGCCUCGCACCACCUGCGCCUGUGGUGGAGGCGCCGGGGCCGGGCCGGCGCGGUCGGGGCCACCUUCGCCGUCGCGCUGCUCGCGACCGCUUUGCUCCUCGCGCUCUCCAGCUACGCCUCCAUAGUAUUCCCUGCGUCCAGUGGCCGCCGCGGCCCCGCCCUCGUCGGACUCACCCUCGUCCGCCGCGCCAGCGAGAAGGGCGCGCUGUGCUUGGAUGGGAGCGCGCCCGGGUACCAUCUGCAGGGAGGGUCUGGGAGUGGAUCGCGGAGCUGGCUAAUCCACUUGGAGGGUGGAGGCUGGUGUCGUAAUCUCAAAUCAUGUGCCUCACGUCAGAGAUCAAUGUUGGGAUCAUCCCGGUACAUGGAAGGCCAGGUUGAGUUUACAGGGAUCUUGAGCGAUGACAAAUCUCAGAAUCCCGAUUUUUACAAUUGGAAUAAAGUGAAGAUAAGAUAUUGCGACGGGGCAUCAUUCUCUGGGGAUGUAAAAGAUGAAUUGCAGAAUGGUACACGAUUCUUCUUCAGAGGCCAGCGUAUCUGGGAAGCAGUUAUGAACGAACUUGUAGUUAAGGGGCUCAGGAAUGCUAAACAGGCUUUCCUAACAGGAUGCUCUGCUGGUGGACUAGCCACUUACAUUCACUGUGAUUCUUUUCGUGCGCUACUACCAAAGGAUUCUAGGGUUAAGUGUCUCGCGGAUGGUGGUUUUUUCCUUGAUGUAGAAGACAUUUCUGGGAGGAGGACAAUGCACUCUUUCUACAGUGAUAUUGGUCUAAGGGAAAGGUUUUCGCAUUGUAACUCAAACAUGGACGCAGGCCAGUGUUUCUUUCCACGUGAAGUUGUGAAGCACAUUGUCAACCCAGUUUUCGUUCUUAAUCCAGCAUAUGAUGCCUGGCAGGUACAACAUGCGUUGGCUCCAGAAGCAUCUGACCCUCAACAUUCAUGGCUGGACUGCAGAUUGGAUAUUAGCAAGUGCAGCCCUAAACAACUUGGAAUUCUCCAAGGUUUCAGGAAAGAACUGCAUGACGCUAUAAGUGAAGCUAAGCAGAAAAGGGGCUGGGGAUUUUAUAUCAACUCGUGCUUUGUUCAUUGUCAGUCGCUGAACUCGUUGACUUGGCACUCUCCAACUUCCCCCAGAGUCAACAAUAAGAGCAUUGCAGAAGCAGUUGGAGACUGGUUCUUUGACAGAAGAGAGGUGAAGGAGAUAGAUUGCGAAUACCCCUGCAACCCGACGUGCCACAACUUGGUCUUCGCAAGGCCUUUCAAGAUAUGAAAUUUUAUCUCUCUUCUUCCGCUAUGAUUUUGUUGUAAAAUCAGAAAAAAAAUAUAAACUUGUUAUUAUAAAUCAUUUUACCCGAUUGGUGGAGUCGACGGAGAAGCUUGAGAAGCAGCCUUGAGUUCACAGUUGCCAAGCCCCCCCUUUUUUUAGAUCGCGGUUUUUUCGGGACACUACCCAGGAGACCAGGCAGCAUGCUUCGCUAGUCUUGGGUUUGCCAGACCACGAAAAAGGCCUGUCAUUGGCUCUCCUGUUGACCAAUGACGCCCUGCGGCAGCGUUAUUGCCGACAUGAAUGUCGCCAUGCUAUCGAGCACUGACUUUACGAGGGCAACCCGCCCGGCUUUGCUGAGAAGAACCGACUGCCGGUCAGGGUAGACUUGUGGAAAUGAGGCUUCCUGGCACUGUAGAAUCCGGAUGAGUCGAGGUAGUAGUACUAGUGCUCCUGAAAGUAAUGUGGCAAACCUGUUGUGGAUCCCAAGUUGUCGAGGAUGAUUCUCCUUAGGUCUUGUUCCGUUUCAUCCGGAUAUGAACUAUGAAAGGAUUACGGUGGAUUGAAUCCCUUCUUA